ACACAUAUUUUUCUCAUAACACAAAAUAACACACAAAAUUGUGGCAAAAUUAUAUUAACUUUCAAGCGCACUCAAGAAUCAAAUACAAUUUAAUAAAGUUAUCUCAAAGAAUCCUUUUAGCCUCCAAUUAAGAGUCUGACAACUCUGUUAGCUAUUAAGUAAGCCAUAGCACAAACUAUGUAUAAACGCAUUGCGCAUACGCACUGUUGGCCGGCUAUCAGUCCCGGCAAAUUAAUGCGACAUGGCAGCAAUUAGUCCUACGCUGCUAAAUGAUUUAAAACUUGCGCCAAACUUUGUCUCCCCUCCGCCUGUUUGUCCGCAACAUUUUGCGCAAACUUUUAAUUAUUACACACUUGCGACUUGUUGUUCAAUUUGCUCGCGAUGCUGCCAGAUUAUAAACUUUUGUCGAGUUCAAUUAUGUACGCCGAAUCGUCGGCAUUGUUUGUUCUAAUUCGCUCCAUAAACUUUUUGGAUGUGCAAUUAGUGACCGGCGGAACAUGGCUUUAAUUUUUCAUGAAACUUAGACCGACUGUAUCUCAGAAGUCCGGGGGUCCAAAAUCAAACUAUUCAUCUGUUUCUAUCGCCAUGUUCGAGGCAAAUAUUAGCAUCUGGCCGUUUUUCCACACCGAAUCGGUCGAGGAUCGGCGGAAGUAUAUUAUAAAAGUUUUCCUAGAGUUUGCUGGAUUCGUUCUGAUUGGAUUUGUGCAUUGGAUCCUCAUGCUGACGUUAUUGCAGGAUUGGUUUCUUGAUUUGGUAAGAGAACACUCAUCCGCCUUGCUUCUGGCCUUUGUCAUAGGCAUUUUCCUGCUCCUUUUAUUCGCCAUUAGUAAGCCCCUCCGGAAAAUGGCCUUUGUGAACUGGGUUAUUACCUUCACUAUCCUGGAAUGCCUUGUGGUUUCUCUCAGUGUGCUGAUUAUAUCUUCGGGAAUCCUAUACAUGCUGGCCGGAUUCUUGAUCGUCGCCGUGGUAAUUGUGUUUUCCUGUCUGACAGCUGCUUUAAUGCCGUUAGACCUCACUGGAACCGGAAUUUACCUAUAUAUGCUGGCCACUGGCGCCUACAUGCUGAGUCUAUAUUCCAUGGUUUUGUACACAGUCCUCGAAGUGACCUGGGGCUUUUAUCUCUUCGCCACAAUGAUCGCCUGCGUCGUAAUAAUAUUCCUCAUGUAUCAUGUGCAGUGCAUAAUGGGCGGUAGGAGGGCCUCGACCAGUUUGUUCGAUGACAAGUUCGCCGCCCUGCUGCUAUUCCACGAGUUCGUCGGUCUCUUUGUGCUAACCCUCUACUGGCGACCCAUAAUGCAGCGCCUGCAGUUGAAACAAUAA